AUGGCAAGGCCCUGGGAGGAAUAUUUCCAACUGGCCUUACAAGAGAAGCUGUCGAGGAAGAUCCUGGAGCAGAAAGUGCACCACUUCCCCCCAGUGUUACAGCUCCUGGAGAAGAAGCAGGAGCUGGCGGAUGCAGACCAGGCCCUGCAGACCCAGAAGGAGGUGUUCCAGACCAAAAUGGCAGCCCUACAGCAGCGCUGGCAAGAGCUGGAAGAGAAGGAGCGGGAGCUGAAGGGGUCAUUUUUCCGCUUUGACAAGUUCUUGCAGGACGCGGAGGCCAGGCGCAGCCGCUUCCAGGAAGUCCCCGAGCUGGUGGCGCGCUUCGAUGGCUUGGCCAACACACAAGCGGCGCUGAGGCGCACGGAGCGCGAGCAGCUGGCGGAGCUGGAGGUGGCGCGGGCGCGGCUGCAACGGCUGCGGGACACCUGGCAGGACGAGGUACUCUGGCAAGGCCAGCGGCGCGCCCAGCUGCAGGAGCGCCUGGAAGAGGCCCGAGAGCGCACGCUGCACUGGGAAUCCAAGUGGAUUCAGAUCCGGAACACCGCAGCGGAGAAGACCCUGCUCCUGGGGCGGACUAGGAUGGCAGCGCUCAACCUGUUCCAGGUAGUGUGCCAGCAUCGUAGGCAGCCACCCACCCUGGACCUGGAGGACACGGAGGGGCAGCUGGAGCAGGUAAAGCUGUUUAUCCGGGACCUCUCAGGCAUGCUGGCCAGCCUCCCUCAGGCCAAACCAUGA